ACAAUAACGCAAAUGCCUAUAAUAAAGGAACACCUGUUCGAGCAGCCCAUUUAGAGGAAGCUUCACCUGCCAGUGUUCUUUCUUUACAUAAUCAAGUUAAUGAUGUCAAAGCCAAGAACAUAUCAAGUGCCAAGAAGACUGAUAGUAUAAUCACAUCAGAAACCAAGAUUAUGCAGAAUGUAACUACAGCAGAGGUGUCUAAAACUCCAGAACUAAUUAAUCCACUUCUCAAACACAGCCACUCCUCCAGAAAGACCGAAUCUCCUGCAGACCUUCCAUCACAGACUGCAAAACUUCAUGUUGAAGAAGCAACAACUCCUAGCAGGUAUCAAUACACAAGAUCAUCACCACCUCACAAGCGAGCCUUCUUGCGACCGGUGCACACAAGUGAUCUCUUUUCUCCUGCCGAUAGCACAGUGGACCAGAUUCAAGUCAGUGGUACACCUAAGCAAGAUUUAUCAGAUGUACCUAAACUUGGUAGCGAUGGAACUCAUGUGCUGCAAGUUGAUUUGAUACGUAACUGCAUGGCAGAAGUUCUUGAAGAAUUUCAAGAUGACAUUAAUCGCCGUUUAAUGCACUUGCAGUGUGUGGUCAUGAAACAGUUUUUGAAACAGCAGGAAAUAAUGGAACAACUUCAUCGGCAGUAUUCUUUAAAUGAAGACUUGCUUCAGGAAAACGAAAGAUUGCGGCAGGAGGUCAAACACUUGAAGGCAAAUUACUAGAAAUAUAGGAAACAUGUCUGCCAUUUUGAUCUUGUAUCUCUUGUCUGUUUGUAAGCUUUUAAUGUCUAAUUAUUGAUAUAUUUUAUUAAAGGAUGUAAAUAAGAAGAACAACUAAAAUCUAAUAUAAAGCUAUAAAUUCACUUUCAAUAUCCUCUAUUGAAAUUCAUUUUAUAUUGUGAUGAAAACGUAAUUGUGUGGUUGUUUCUAAAUAAUUAUGAA